GGUAUAUAAGAAAGUCUUCGCACUAGGAUGACAUCCAUCCAGUCUUCUGUCUUUUCUAGUAUCAGUUGACAUGAUGCGGCUCUCUUUGCUCUUUUCAACAUGGCUGGCACUGUGGACGGGCUGCCGGGGAGAGGCCACCCUUAAUACCUCCAUCCAGGACAGUCCACAUUUUAUGGGAUGGUAUCUCGGAACCACCACCCAAGCUCUGACGGAUGGGGGCACUUGGUCCACGUCCGGACAAUAUGCAGCCGGCUGCACCGCAUCCAUGACUUGCUCCUGGGCCACCGCCUGCAAUGAUGGCAUUCUCUACUAUAAUAUCGAGAAUAAGACCUUGGACUGUGCCGCCGAUUCCAUGCAGUGCCAAACCAUGACCAUCUAUCAAUCCGAACCCUAUGCCACCCCGUCCGCCUCCAACCUUUUCUGCGCGAAUUUCUGGUCGGCCAACACGAUUUAUCGGGAACUGCCCGCCACGACGACCUCCUCAGCCACCUCAGGUUCCACGCCGAGUGUCACCACUGCAUCGAUCACCUCCGCUCCGUCGUCCACACAAACCGCGACUGCGUCUCCGUCAGCCACCAGCAGUCCGUCCGCGAAAAAGAGCCGCGCAUGGAUCGCGGGUGCAGUCAUCGGAGCGGUGGCGGGCGUCGUGGCCAUUAUCGCAGCGACGAUCUUCUUCCUCCGGCACCGGAUCACUCGACGCCCCGAGGCCAUCCAGUACGAAAAUGUGUCCGUCCGACCAGUCUCCGAAUUACCCUCAGACACCUCUACAGAGAUGGCGCAUGAACUGCCCCACAACAACCCAGCCCCGGCAUCCCGUGGGGGCGUCUAUGAAUUGAGCUGAUUACAGCUGCGAGGCUGAAUAUGCCGGAUAAAGUGCAGCAGACAGACCACCGUGACCCUUUUAAUAUCCGGCUUGAUAAAAUUUUAAUGACCACGAGCGCGAAGAAAUGAAUACGAACGCACUAAUCAUCAU